AUGCAGUGAAAUUGUCAGUAUAAAAGCUCCACAAAUCAUAUUGCCUAAAUAUUUUUUUGCAAACAACAUUGACUAUACAAAUUGUAAUGAAUAGGAAAAACCUGCUCCUAUGUUCAUGUCUGUAAAAUGCUGCUUCCCUGACUUUUCUCCUUAGUGAUGGAAAUGUCUUCAGUGAAAAAAAGGCUUCAGUCCAUCUACAUAGGGACAUUUUCCCGAGUAACUCAAGAGUUAGAGACAGGGAGGAAACAGAAACUACAGGACAUCUUUACAGACCUUUGCAUAAUAGAAGGUCUCGGAGGGGUCAAUGAUGAACACGAAUUGUCGUCCAUGCGUGUGAGACAAGAUGAGACCAGAACCACCUCUGGGAUCAUGAAGACGGUGCAGCUGUCAGAUCUAUUUUCAGACCACUUUCAUACCGGAGAACCUGUGAAAAGAGUCUUGACACUGGGAAUAGCAGGAGUGGGGAAGACAUUGGCUGUGAAGAAGUUUGUCUUGGACUGGGCAGAGGAAAAACAAAGCCAAUCUAUACACCUGAUUGUUGUGCUUCCAUUCAGAGAGUUGAACAUGCAUACUGAUGGGGGUUACCGACUUUUCGACCUUCUACAGAAAUUUUACCCUGAGUGUGAAGAGCUGGCCAAAGCCUUGGAAUCAAAAGAGACUUCAAUUCUCUUUGUAUUGGAUGGUCUGGAUGAGAGCAGGAUGGAACUCAAAUUCACAAAUUGCAUCAGCGACCCAACAAAAAAAGCCUCAGUGGCCGUGCUCAUCUCGAGUCUGAUUGCAGGGAAACUGCUGUCAUCUGCACUCAUCUGGGUGACAUCAAGACCUGCUGCAGCCAAAAAGAAACUCCAAGAUCGCUUUGAUCUUGUGACAGAAAUUCAAGGUUUCAGUGAUGAGCACAGAAAAGAGUAUUUUGAAAGGGUCUUUCCAGACAGACAUGAAGAAAUCUUAGCACAACUUAGAAAGAAUAGAAGCCUCUACAUCAUGUGCCAUGUCCCAGUCUUCUGUCAUAUGAUAGCAGUUGUACUGGGAGGAAAUCAAGGGAAGCAAUGUCAGGAAAUACCCAAAACGUUAACAGAGAUGUAUGCUCGCUACUGUGUCCUUCAAAUCACAAGAAUGAAUGACAAGUACUCCGAACAAGAAACUGAGAUGUUAGCAGAGGCAAAAGAAGAAGAAACCGAGCAAAAGGCAAAAGAUGACCUCCUCAUCAAACUUGGCAAACUGGCCUUCAAAUAUCUGGAACGGGACACUCUGAUAUUCUACAAGAAGGACCUGAGAGAUUGUGGCAUUGAUGUAAAACCAGGAGUACAAACAGGACUUUGUACGCAGAUCUUCAGAGAGGAAGCUGCUGAAUGUGGAAAAAAUAUGUUCAGCUUUGUGCACCUGAGUGUACAGGAGUUCCUGGCAGCUCUUUACAUGCUCCACAUGCAUGCUACGGGACAAACUAAUGUUUUCAAGACACAUUUGCUGCAAAAAGUGAAAUGGUUCUUCAAAAAAUCAAGAUUCGAACUCUACAAGGAUUGUCUGGACAGGGCUUUACAGAGUCAGAAUGGACAUUUGGAUCUUUUUGUGCGCUUCCUCCUGGGGCUGGCCCCUUUGUUGGAGCCGAAACUCAGGUACCCCUUGGAUGAAAUUCUACCACAUCUGUCAGAGCAUGUCAAGGAAAUGAGCAUCCCCAAAACAGUGAAUUACAUCAAGAGACAGAUCUCCGAAAGCAGCUCACCUGAACGGAUCAUCAACCUCUUCCAUUGCUUGAGUGAGCUUGGGGACAACACACUUGUUGAAGAGAUUAACAGAUAUACAAGCUCAUCAGCUGAGCAUAACCUGACACCAGUCCAGUGCUCAACUCUGGCUUAUCUGCAGCUCACGUCAGUUGAAGUCCUGGAGGAGUUUGAUCUAAGGAAAUAUCUCAGAUCAGAGGAAGGGCUGCACAGAAUGCUUCCGCUAGUUAGCAUUUCCAAAAGAGUGCAGUUGAAUAAGUGUCAUCUCUCCAAAGCAAGUUGUGGAAAGCUGGCAUCUACUCUUCAAGAGCCACAUUCCAAUCUACAAGAAUUGGACAUGAGUGACAAUGUCCUCCAGGACGAAGGAGUGGAGCUGCUCUGUGGGGGAUUGAAAGCACCACAAUGCAAACUGGUUACACUGAGACUAAAUCGUUGUCAUCUUUCCAAAGCAAGUUGUGGAAUGCUGGCAUCUACUCUUCAAGGGUCACAUUCCAAUCUGCAAGAAUUGGACAUGAGUGACAAUGCCCUUGAGGAUGAAGGAGUGGAGCUGCUCUGUGAGGGCCUGAAAGCACCACAAUGCAAACUUGCAAAAUUGAGGAUAAAUCGGUGUCAUCUCUCCAAAGCAAGUUGUGGAAGACUUGCAUCUGCUCUUCAAGCGUCACAUUCCAAUCUGCAAGAAUUGGACAUGAGUGACAAUGUCCUUCAGGAUGAAGGAGUGGAGCUGCUCUGUGAGGGCCUGAAAGCACCACAAUGCAAACUUGCAAAAUUGAGACUCUCUUUGUGCCUCAUCUCAGAGAAGGGUUGUACAUAUCUAGCUGCAGCUCUGACCUCAAACCCAUCCCACCUUAAAGAGCUGGAUCUGAGCUACAAUCAUCCUGGAGAGUCAGGACUGAAGAUUUUAUCUUCUAGACUGGAGGAUCCUCACUGUAAACUACUAAGCACACACUGUGGCAGAAUCAGACUGACAGCAGAUGUGAGAAGAUAUGCCUGCGAUGUCACACUGGAUCCAAUCACUGCAAACAAAUACAUUUCUAUAUCUGAGGGGAACAGAAAGAUGAAUGUGGUGGAUGAGAAGCAGUCAUAUCCUGAACACCCAGACAGAUUUGACAACUGGGAUCAGGUGUUGUGUAGAGAGGGUCUGUCUGGACGCAGCUACUGGGAGGUUGAGUGGAGAGGGGAUAGGGUUGAUAUAGCUGUGGCCUAUAAAAGUGUCGACAGGAAAGUGGUUGGUCAUGAGGGCAUGAUGGGACUGAAUGCCAAGUCCUGGUCACUCUACUGCUCUAACACUGGCAGUUUCUCUGUCUGGCACAUUACAAAAUACACUGACAUUCCCCGUUCCUCCUGCUCCAGAAGAGUAGGAGUCUACCUGGACUGGCUGGCCGGCACUCUGUCCUUCUACAGCGUCUCCUCUGACACACUCACACACCUGUACACGUUCCGCACCACCUUCACUGAGCCCCUCUAUCCUGGGUUUAAGGUUGUUCAUGGUUAUGGUUGUGGUUCCUCAGUGUCCCUGUGCCAGAUCACAUGACCUCAUUGUUGUGCACUCCACUACCGUUUGUAACAUUCCAUUCACAUUGCACGCAC